CCGUAACCAAGGCAAUGACGCUCUUCUCCGUUACCAAGGCGCUCUCACGGCAAACACUAGCAGCGUAGCUAGGCUAAGCUAACGGGACAGAUAAUCUUAUAGCCAUGAUAUAACAUCCGCCUCUUCACCGGGACGAACUUUACGUCAACUUGAGAUUCAUUUAAACCUUCGCCUCCAGCUCAUCACCUUCACAUUCACCUUCACUUCGCUGUUGUCGCUUUAGUUAGAGGCUGAAACACGCGUUUCCAGGAUCGCCUCAGUCUGAAAGCUAGCUAACUUAGUUGCCUCAACGUUAGCUGCGCAGCCACCAUGGCUGAAUUUGGAUUCAAUGAACAGCACCAGGGUGAAGUCAUCAAUUACAUGCGGUUUGCACGUUCAAAGAGGGUCCUGAGGCUCAAGACUAUUGAUUCAUGCUUUGAGGAACUCAAGGAUAGCAGGCUGGUGGAGGAAACCUUCACCGUGGACGAGGUGAGGGAGAUGCUGGACGGGCUGCAGGUGGUGGUGCGUGGGGAGGUGGAGAUGGAGCUCAUCAACACGGCCCACACCAAUGUGCUGCUGCUCAGGCAGCUCUUCUCCCAGGCUGAGAAGUUUUACCUCCGGCUGCAGAGCGACAUCUCAGAGCUUGAGAACAGGGAGCUGUUAGAACAAGUGGCUGAAUUUGAGAAGACUGACUUUAAAACCACUGAUAAGAUAAACCAGGAAACAAACAAACCCAAGUUAGCACCGCUGAAUGAAGGUGGGGUGUCGGAACUUCUCAACAAGGAGAUAGCGAGACUACAGGAGGAAAACAAUAAACUGAAAACCAGGCUGCGGACUUUAGAAUCCCAGACUAUGAGUGCACUCGAUGAGAGAACCAGGGCCGAGCGAGCACUGAAAGACCUUCAGAAGGUGCAAGGUGAACAGCAGUUUGCUGCUCAAUCCCAGGAGAUCAACUGUCUAGAGGACACCGUGGCGUCUCUGAAAGAGGACUAUGAAAGGUCUCUCAACGCCAACGCAGCCUCCCAGAAGGAUCUGCAGGAGAACCUGAUCUCUGCCAAACAUGAGCUGCUUCGAGUGCAGGAGCAGCUGACCCUGGCAGAGAAGGAGUUGGAGAGGAAGUUCCAGCAAACUGCAGCCUACCGCAACAUGAAGGAAAUCCUGACCAAGAAAAACGAGCAGAUCAAAGAUAUUAGAAAACGACUGCAGAGAUACGAGCCCAGUGAAUGAGAUGUAUCCAGGACAGCUGGGUAUACAGAGAGAGGACCGAGCUGAACAUUUAAUGACUGCGGUUCAGACAAGAAACCAUCAGUUCCAACGCUGUGAGACAAGAGACAGAGAAACAAGUGUCUCUUUGCUUUAUGUGGUGUCUUCAGUAGAGUUGGUAGCAGGGAAGUCGACAGUAGGCCGAGCUGAAUCCACAAAUUAAAUAGUAAGAAAUAAUAGCUUUCUCCAGCCGUGCUUAUUUUCUGUCUCGGUUUCAGAGUUCACUAACAGUAGCUAGCAGACUUCCCUCAGUGCUCUAUGCAAUGACCAUCAUGUCCCUGUUUGAAGAGGCCUUUUCCAUUUUCUAAAGCUUCGCAGUCUACUAUCAGACGGAUCUGAGUAACUUAGCUUAUCACAACUGGAUUAUUGGUUGUUGAUUUUUAGUCGCUCCUGUGUAGUCAAAAUCUAUUAUUGAGAGUUUCAAUCAAACCCCAGGAUAGUUUGUUUAUUAUUAGUGAACAGCUUUGAAAUGUUUCCUGACCCUUUUUCACUAAACAUUAAACAGCAUUUUACAAAAAUAUUUUCAGUGACCUGACAUUCUGUGAAAGUCUGAUCAUUGAAAAUACAAACACACAUUUUUUUUGCAUUAUUUUUCCAGUUUUGAAAAUUGAAUGAUACAGAUAGUGAUAGAUUGAUUUCCCUACACCCCCUUGAACAGAGGACAUAGAAUAUUUUGUCUGUGUACUUUUCAUUUUGCUGUGGGUGACAGAGUGCAAGUGGAAAAAAGAAAUAAAUCUAUACAUGAUGUUCAUGAAGUAAUGCUCUUGCAAAGUAUGAUACAUCUACCCUAUAUUACACUAGACGUGCAUUUGUUUGUAUUGUGCAAAGUAUGGGGUAAUAAAAGCUAUUACCAAAUA